UCUUUGCUGCACAGACUACAGCGGUGAUGGCGGGCAGACAGUUCGGCUGGAGCCGGAUGGCUCUUCUCCAGCUCUUCCUUGGUGUUAACCUGAUGGUGAUGCCACCUACCCAGGCCCGGCGUCUGCGUUUCGUUACCUUGCUGUACCGACAUGGAGACCGUUCGCCAGUGAAGACAUACCCCAAGGACCCCUAUCAGGAAGACGAAUGGCCCCAGGGAUUUGGUCAGCUAACCAAGGAGGGGAUGCUACAGCACUGGGAGCUGGGCCAGGCUCUGCGACAGCGCUACCAUGACUUCCUCAACACCUCUUACCACCGGCAAGAGGUUUAUGUGCGAAGUACAGACUUUGACCGGACUCUCAUGAGUGCUGAGGCCAACCUGGCUGGACUCUUCCCUCCCGACGGGAUGCAGCGCUUUAACCCAAACAUCUCUUGGCAGCCUAUCCCCGUCCACACUGUGCCCAUUGCCGAGGACAGGCUGCUGAAGUUCCCAUUGGGCCCAUGUCCCCGUUUUGAACAGCUACAGAACGAGACCCGGCGGACACCGGAGUAUCAGAAUGAGAGUAUUCAGAAUGCACAAUUUCUGGAUAUGGUGGCCAACGAGACAGGGCUUACGGACCUGACACUGGAGACCAUCUGGAAUGUCUACGACACACUUUUCUGUGAGCAGACACACGGGCUGGUCCUGCCGCCCUGGGCCUCGCCCCAAACCAUGCAGCGUCUGAGCCGGCUAAAGGACUUCAGCUUCCGCUUCCUCUUCGGGAUCUACGAGCAGGCAGAGAAGGCCCGGCUGCAGGGGGGAGUCCUGCUGGCUCAGAUACGGAAGAACCUGACCCUGAUGGCAACCACCUCCCAGCUCCCUAAGCUGCUGGUCUACUCUGCGCACGACACCACCCUGGUUGCUCUGCAGAUGGCGUUGGAUGUCUACAAUGGUGAACAAGCCCCCUAUGCGUCCUGCCACAUAUUUGAACUGUACCAGGAAGAUACUGGGAAUUUCUCAGUGGAAAUGUACUUUCGGAAUGAGAGUAACAAGGCCCCCUGGCCACUGAUCCUGCCUGGCUGCCCUCACCGCUGCCCGCUGCAGGACUUCCUUCGCCUCACAGAGCCUGUUGUGCCCAAGGAUUGGCAGCAGGAGUGCCGGCUGGCAAGCAGUCCUGCAGACACAGAGGUGAUCGUGGCCUUGGCUGUAUGUGGCUCCAUCCUCUUCCUUCUCAUAGUGCUGCUCCUCACCGUCCUCUUCCGGAUGCAGGCCCAGCCUCCUGGCUACCGCCACGUUCCAGACGGGGAGGACCAUGCCUGACAACCACUCAGCCCCCUUCCCUCUGCCUCCUCGGGGAGGUGGGCUGGGCCUUGCUCCUGACUGUUGCUGCUCCCCAGCCCAUGGACAGGAGACCCUGGGUUGGGCCUCCCUCUGGUCACCCCAGCCUAGAUGAACAAGUUGGGCUCAGCUUGGCCUGUGGCACCUGUCACUCAGCAUUCAUGUGCCUGACGUUAACCAAGUACUAUGCUGGACGCUGGCUUUCUCCAAACAGGAUUUGCCUCCUGCAUGCUCCCUUCUAAGGACCUGAAAUGUAGACGAGUAUUCAAGUUUCACUCAGGACCUAGGAUAAAAAGGCUGAAGGAGUUGCCACUUGAUCUACUUUGCCUCUCCAUCAAGCCCUGCUCACUCUCUCUUCCAACCCAGAGUGUUUGGCAAAUGGCCCAGAGGACACAGUCUUGCCUCUCAGUGCUUAUUUUAGUGGGAAAAACUGCAAAACACUGGGGGUACAAACACUGGCCACCAAGGAACCAGAUCACCCAAGAGCCAGCCAGCGAAGUUUUCCUUUGUCCAGCUGAAGCCACCAUUAACUGGAGUCAGACAUAAUGCUUCCAGCAUCUUUGUCACCCCUGCACCUUGAGCAGGUCGGAAGGAUGUGGGUACUUGGGAGGGAGUCGGGGGAGGUGUGGGGGGGUGAGUUGUACAGAAUCACGAAACUACUAUCCCUCUCAUCUAGGCUGGGAUCUCCUGGGAUCUGCCAGGGAUCUCCAGCUGGCAGGUUGUGAGCUGAAUAGCUCCUGACUGUGGCCCAGAAUAGGGCUGAGACAGCUUCCAGAGAAUGAAGGUUUUGGACUCUUAGUGCUGUUUUCUGUGCCUUUUCUUCAUUUUGGGGACCUGAGAAGCCCUUUGACCAGGUAAGGUGAAUCCCUGCUUCCUCCCAUUAUUAUUUGAGGGCCCAAGCCUCACCGACAUGAUACCAGAAGAUUCUGGGUCAUACAGCUGAUACAUCAUCUUUCCUGAGCUUCCGUCAAACACAUCGAUCGUCCUUAAUUCAUGGGAGGUACAACUUUUGAAAUUAGGAUCUGGGUAUCGGCCCACGACAAUGAGGUUGUACCGAGGAUGCCAGGUUGCCUAGGAGAUGGAGAGGCAGGUCACAAGAGUAAACGCAGAACACUGUCAAGAGGGACAUCAAAAGUAUCUUUGCCACUAACAACACUUGUUAAUACAACUGCCAACAAUUUAAUAAUGGAGAUAAGACCUACAUGAAACAACAGGAAUGGUUUUCAAGUGCGUGCACAUCUACCGUUGCAAAUUUAAAAUCCCCAGCUGGCCUCCCUGACCCUUAGGACACCUUCAGGCCUUCUCUCUCCUUUGCAUUUCCUGAGAUCAUACCAACUGAUAAAUGUUUUAACAUCAGCCCGACCCAGACAUGAACCAAAGAGGUAAGCCUACAAACAAAGCGCAAAGCCUCCGGUAAGCAAAACCAAAUAGGACCUAAUAAGUUCUGAAGUAAUCCCACUACUCUCCCUCCUCCAUCAAUGUCAAUGAGUUGAGUAGAAAAUGGCUAGUGACUGAAAAAGGGGAGGACACCUGUGUUCCUCAGAUCACCCUGCUCAAAACAAAUCUGGCAGCUAUUGGAAUGACAGAACUUGAUGGGAUUUUCCCAAGAAAGCUUUUCAAGGAAGUUCUGAAGGAGAAAAGACAUGGUUAGCAGGAAGGAAGAAGUGCUACCGGCAGUGGCUUGGAAAUAAGUCACAAACAAGUCACACCUGGGAUGCUGCUGGUUGGGCUGGCUGGACACAAAGUGGGAGAUAAGGAAGGAAGGAUCAACGGGGAACACCAACUGCUAAAGGACCCUGAUGUUACUGAGAGCUUGGAUUUGAUUUGAGGUACGUGGGGGCCACUCUAAUACCAGGUCAUCACAGUUUACUGAGUACUUACUAGGCGCUAAGCAUGUUGCCACGUGCUUUAAGUAUAAGGAUUUAUCCUCACAACCACCUUGUCAGGCAGAUACCAUUAUUCGCUUUUUAUAGACCAGGAACCUGGGAUCCAAAAUUUGAGUCAUUUGCUCAAGGAUUCUAACCCCGGGGGUGUCCGCCUGCCUGAACUAUGCUAUACUGACUAGAGAAGUACAGGCAUGAGAUCUGGAGGUCUGAAGAGGGGCUGUGGUUCUAGGAAAGAAUAUAUACUAGUAAAGCAGAAGGACUGGCAGAGUUCAGACUGCUUGGGGCAUGAGCAGGAAAGAAUCACAGGACUUGAAGACUGUAAGCCUUAGGGACUGAGGCCAGAGAAGCCGUUAAUGAGGCCUAAGAUUAGCUUGCAGAUCAGCUGCACACACAGGUAACUGAGACUAAGGGCAGAACCGAGGGUUAGGAUCUCAGAAAGUGCCCACAGUGAGAUCUGGGCUGCGUGGAAAAAACUCAGGGAAAUAAGCUUAUCAAAGAGACAUGAAGAAAACUCAGCAAAAUGGGAUCACAGAGCUGGACAAAAGGUGCAGAGAGAGCCAGAGAAUAAGAGAUUGCUUUGUGUCAGCACAGGAAGAGGUCUAGCAUUGAAGGCUUCUGUAUCUGCCCCCUUCUCCCCACCCUGGUAGACCUGAUCCAUCCCACGAUCACAGCUCCCUUCCCUCCAUUACUUACCUUGAUGGGUGUCAGGUGCUGAAAGUGGCGAUGAGGGUGUGGGAUCAGGCUUGGGGGGCAGUCCCACUGGGAGGCAGAGUAAACACGGAUCUCACUCUUCUGGUCAGUGGUCAGGAGCUGGGCACCGUCGGGACUGAAAUGAGCUGGCAAAGUGAAAAGCCCCUGAGCUCAGGGAACCACGGGCCCCCUGUUGUCCUGGCCCUCACAGGCCUCUUGCACGGGCACCCUCCCUCCCUCUCCUUUCUAGAGACAGGUGGAAGGGAGGUGAAUCUGGGCUGCGAACAAAAACAUCCUAGAGGCUCAGCAGCUGAUACGAGCAGCUAGAGUCAGAAAGGCUUCAGGACUUCAGCUUGGCCGAUGCUAUCAGGGGUAUAAAGGUUUGGCCUAGUGGCUUCUACACUUUGAGGGAAAACCCCUGAAGCGGUCGGGUCAGCAGGGUCUGCAGGAAGGACGAGGUCUGGUAUAUCACACCUGCGUUGACGGGAUGCCUGUGCAGCAGCGAGUAGAGAAAGCUGGAUUUCCCUCUAACCUGGCGCAGGUCCCAGAUUUUCACUGUUUGAUCUACGGAGGCUGUGGCCAGGAACCAAUCACAGCACGGGUUCAAGGCCACGUGGGUCACUUUCUUUUUGUGCAUUCUCAGAUUCCAAAGCUGCAGAGAGAGCUCGGUUCAGGUGGGGGGUGCAGAACCGAGGCUGGGGGUCAGGGAGGGAAGGGGAGGACCUAGGCUCCAGAGAACGCACCUCCCUGCCGUCCAUGUUCAGCAGGAUCACGUUCCCCACGUUAUCUCCUGUGACCACCACUCGGCUUCUGACAGACACAUCCAGGCUGCAAAACCAGAAGCUGGAGGGAGAGACUGUGCUGUAAGAUUCUUGGGGACAGAGGCAAGUUCCAUUUAUUCACUGUUGCAGCUCACGUAUAUUAGACAGUCAAUAAAUAUUUGUUGAAUGAAUGAAUAACUUGUCGUGGACUCCCAGUGAGGAGCACUCAGACUUGUCUACCAUCCCCACAGAGGUUAUGGGGGUGGUGGGGCUCAGAAACUUGUCCAGUUACUGCUGGGCCCAGGAUCCUCAGCUACUCAGAGUCCCUGAAGCAGCCAAACCCAGAGCCAUAACGCAGGUCCCCAGGCGGGCUUGCCCUCUUCAGCCCUGGGUCCUGAGGAAGACUCAGGUAUUGCUUUCUCCCUUCACCCUCCACCCUUGGUCGGGCCAAAGGAGAUGUGACACACCAAACAGGGACUGCCCAGCUCUGUUCCUCACAGCUGGCUAGAAAGGAACUUCUGCCCCCUUCUGAGCAUUCAGGGGGAAAGGCACACACAACUCAGAAGCUGUAUCUUGCUCUUUUGUCCCUCAGACUACAUGAUGUGAAGAGAUGGGGUUGGAGGGUGCUUCAGGGAUCCUGAUACCCGGCCAGGAGAGCUCAGAUUCACAUUUUUUUCCCUCAAAUCCUUGCUACACUGCCUUUUGCAUCCCUUGUAAACAUCUUUCAGGGGGAGGGCUUCUUGUGGAAGAGUAAGUCUAUUCUAUCACCUGUCCUAUUGCUCCUGUAUUUCUUACCCCUGUGGGGCAGCCCAGUGCUAGUUAGACCCCCACACCCCCAAAUACUUAGGAAGCAGAGUCAUGUCUCUGACUAGAAAUCAAAGUGACAAGCAUUUUGUAAUUUCUCCAGCCACUUGCUCUUGGGGAGUCCAAAGUGCUUUAUGGACAUGAUUAUAUCCAUUUAAGCUUCCAUCAAGGAACUGGUCAGGUCAUUACAUCCCAGUGAAUGCAAGGAAUGGAAUCUUAAGUUCUUCAUUCCUGGUCCAGGCUUUAAGUGGCUUUCUAGGCAAAUGCCAUGUUGACUUGUCCAGUGAGAAUCAAGGUCUAGUCUAAUACAGGAAUGACUGACAGAAGAGCUGAAGCUCCAGAACCGCUCCCUGAAGCAGUAACCCACCUGGCCCAGAGUAAGAGCAGCUAAAGAAAAAGUCUGAGAAAGAGAGGGAAACGUGGAAAGGAGCUAACACCUUUCCUUUCUUCCCCGUGCCAGGUUUGGGUGAAAGAAAUGGGACCUGGAUGCUCUCGCCAGAACUACACCGAGAGCCUAGAAGCCCUUUCCCCUCUGAGUUAAACUACUCACUUGCAGGUGCCUGAGCUGGCAAAAACUCGGAGAGUGUUGCCUUUAAAGUCUUGCAGCCUAGUUGUUCCCUCCAUUGAGGAGGUGAAAAACUGGUUGGUAUUGAGAGGGUUAAACUUCAGCCCAGUGAUGCUCCCUCCAGCUCCAAUCUAACACAAGGAAGAAAAAAGCCAGUGAGUGACAACGGCUCAGGAAGAGGACCAGGCCUGGGUGCACAUACUCCGCUCAGACACAAGAGCCAGCCAGACUGCACUUGGGGCCAGGCCAGCUUAGAUGCCUGGACAGUAGGAUGCUCUCCACAGUACUGUUUCUUAAGGUUUUAGUUUUAAUUUCAUACUUUUUAAUUAACAUACAGUAAAUUUGUUGUUUUUGGUAUACAGUUCUAUGAAUUUUAACACACGUAUAGAUUUGCAUAACCACCACCAAAAUUAGGGUGCAGGACAGUUGUGUCACUUCCCCCAAAAUCCCUUGUGCUCUCCCAUUGUAGUCCCAUCCUCCCCCCGACUCCUAUCCCCUGGCAACCACUGAUCUGUUCUCCAUCACUAUACAGUUGUUUUGCCUUUGACAGACUGUCAUAUAAAUGAAUUAUACGGUAUGCAGCCUUUUGA